AUGGCAAACUCUCCCGCCGCUGCUGCAGCCACCGCAGCAACCGGAGACUCCCGGCGCCGCCUCUCCGCUUCCAUCAGUGAAGCAAUAUGCAAGAGGAGAUUCCGGAGAACUAGCAAAGGCAGUGGCAGAUCGGAUAUGGUGAAACCUUUUAAUGUCAUCAAUUUUCCGACACAAGACAAAAACAGUAGUUGUUGUUGUUUAAGCAAGUUUCAGAUCGUAAAGAUUCUCUUGUUUAUCCUUCUCUCUGCUACUCUCUUCACCAUCAUCUAUUCCCCUGAAGCUUAUCAUCAUACUCUUUCCCACUCUUCUUCCCGAUGGAUAUGGAGAAGACAAGAUCAAAGAUAUGUGUCGGACAUAGAGAUAAAGUGGGACGAUAUAACCAAAACCCUAGGGAGCGUCGAAGAAGCCCGUACGAUCGGUGUCUUGAAUUUCGAUUCGAAAGAGAUCCAACGGUGGAGAGAAGUAGCCAAGACUAAGGAGGACAAUGAAGAUGAAGAAAACGUUGUCGUGUUGAAUCUGGAUUACGCAGACAAGAACGUGACUUGGGACGCACUCUAUCCAGAGUGGAUCGAUGAGGAGCAAGAAACAGAGGUCCCCGUUUGUCCUAAUCUCCCAAAGAUCAAAGUACCAACAAGAAGACUGGAUCUGAUCGUGGUGAAGCUUCCUUGUCGGAAUGAAGGGAAUUGGUCAAGGGACGUAGGGAGAUUGCAUCUGCAGAUGGCGGCUGCAACGGUGGCCGCUUCCGCGAAAGGGUUUUUCAUGGGACACGUUAUGUUUGUCUCUAGAUGCUUCCCGAUUCCGAAUCUAUUUCGGUGUAAAGAUCUUGUGUCUCGGAGAGGCGAUGUUUGGUUGUAUAAACCUAAUCUUGAUACCUUAAGAGACAAGCUUCAACUUCCUAUAGGUUCUUGUGAGCUCUCUCUUCCUCUUGGCAUCAAAGAGAGACCAAGCUUAGGAAACCCUAAAAGAGAAGCUUACGCAACAAUUCUCCAUUCCGCUCACGUUUACGUCUGUGGAGCAAUCGCGGCGGCUCAGAGCAUAAGACAGUCCGGGUCAACGAGAGACCUCGUGAUCCUCGUCGAUGACAACAUCAGCGGUUAUCAUCGGAGUGGACUCGAAGCUGCGGGCUGGCAAAUUCGGACGAUACAGAGGAUUCGAAACCCUAAAGCAGAGAAAGAUGCUUACAAUGAGUGGAACUACAGCAAGUUCCGGCUAUGGCAGCUCACUGAUUACGACAAGAUCAUCUUCAUCGACGCGGAUCUCUUAAUCUUAAGAAACAUCGAUUUCUUGUUCUCAAUGCCUGAGAUCUCAGCUACAGGAAACAAUGGAACUCUGUUUAACUCAGGAGUUAUGGUGAUCGAGCCUUGCAACUGUACAUUUGAGCUUUUGAUGGAACAUAUAAACGAGAUUGAGUCUUACAACGGUGGAGAUCAAGGUUACUUAAACGAAGUCUUCACAUGGUGGCAUCGGAUUCCGAAGCAUAUGAAUUUCUUGAAACAUUUUUGGAUUGGAGACGAAGAUGACGUGAGACGCAAGAAAACAGAGCUGUUCGGAGCUGAGCCUCCGAUUCUUUAUGUUCUUCAUUACCUGGGAAUGAAGCCGUGGCUCUGUUACCGAGACUACGACUGUAACUUCAACUCCGACAUUUUCGUUGAGUUCGCGACUGAUAUCGCUCAUCGUCGAUGGUGGAUGGUCCACGACGCCAUGCCACAGGAGCUUCACCAAUUCUGUUACUUGAGAUCCAAGCAAAAGGCGCAGCUAGAAUAUGAUCGCCGGCAAGCCGAGGCCGCAAAUUUUGCCGAUGGUCAUUGGAAGAUAAGAGUAAAGGACCCUAGGUUCAAAAUUUGCAUCGAUAAAUUGUGUAACUGGAAAAGUAUGUUGCGGCAUUGGGGCGAAUCAAACUGGACCGACUACGAGUCUUUUGUUCCGACCCCACCGGCCAUCACCACCGUCCGGAGAGCAUCCCUUUCCGGCCAUGCCUUGUGA